UUUACAAGCCCAGUCCUGCGGAGUGGAACAUCCUGCAAACACAUCUCUCCCACUCACAACUCAACACAAACCCGCGUUCCCACGCAGCCGCCUCCAAUGCGUCCACUCGGACGAUGAUGAAAAGUUGUGUGAAAGUCCAACCGUCCCUGGAUCGAACCUGCAAGUUGCCGUCGUCUGCGCGACUGGACUUAUGUGUUUAUGUUUGAGCGCACGGCGGCGGGACAUCCGGAAUGGGGAACCCGUAGGCGGAUGAGACACAAGAUGGACUUGAAGGGGACUCCAUUGGGAAGGUUCAUGAACUGCAGGGUGCCGGCCAACAAGCGAUACCAGCCCACUGAAUAUGAACAUGCUGCCAACUGUGCCACACACGGGUUCUGGAUCCUACCAAGCCUUGUGGGCGGAUCUGUGCUCUACUUCCUGUCUGUGGACCAAUGGCAUUGUGUCGCCGCCUGGCUCUACGGGAGCGGACUCACGGGCCUGUUUGUCACCUCGACGCUCUUCCAUGCUGUUGCCUGGAAAAUCGGCCACCUCAGAAAGGUGGAGCAACGUUUCCACAUGUGCGACCGAAUGGCCAUCUACUUCUUCAUUGCGGCCUCUUACUCUCCCUGGUUGAUGCUGAGGGAUCUGGGUCCUUGGGCGUGUCACAUGCGAUGGCUGAUCUGGGUCAUGGCUGCUUUAGGGUCCCUGUAUGUCUUCUUCUUCCAUGAGAGGUACAAGCUGGUGGAGUUACUGGGAUAUGUCGCCAUGGGAGCCGUUCCUGCUCUGGUCAUCCUGUCCAUGGUGGACCACGCCGGUGUGUGUGAACUCGCCAUGGGAGGAGUCUUCUACGCGGUGGGCGUGGUCUUCUUCAAGAGCGACGGCCUGGUCCCGUUUGCCCACGCCAUUUGGCAUCUUUUCGUGGCAGCCGGAGCGGGCAUUCACUACUACGCCAUCUGGAGGUACUUGUACUUGCCCAGGCCUCUUCUGGAGACCUCCAGGUGAUGACGAGCGGCCUGAGAAGAUGCUGAGAAGAUUCCAUAGCAUCCUACAGUGACUCAUCACAGGGCGCUCCCUAUAGGCCUCAGGAUAAACCUCAAACCUAAAGUAGUCACAGUAAAAUGAAUCACUAAUUUGUAAUCAUUUCAGGAGGAUACUAUGAUUAUCAUACUACUUAAUUACCUCAACUGUCUCAUAUCACUGUACCUACCAACAGGUGGCGCCAAAUUACUUUUCCAAAGGUACAUUUCUGCUCUUUUUAGUUCAUUCAUUCAUUCAUUUUCUGCUGCUUAUCCUCACAAGGGUCAGGGGGAGGUGGUGCUGGAGCCUAUCCCGGCUGUCUUCAGGCAAGAGGCGGGGUACAUACUGGACUGGUGGCCAGCCAAUCACAGGGCACAUAUAGACAAACAACCAUUCACACUCACAUUCAUACCUAUGGACAAUUUGGAGUCGCUAAUUAACCUAGCAUGUUUUUGGAAUGUGGGAGGAAACCGGAGUACCCGGAAAAAAAAACCACACAUGCACAGGGAGAACAUGCAAACUCCACACAGAGAUGGCCGAGGGUGGAAUUGAACUCGGGUCUCCAGCAAAAGAGUUAUGUAAUGUCAUAAAUAAUGAAUUAUAGGAGUGUAUGUGACUAUAGGGGUGCUACUUUAUGUCUAGAGAGCUCUAAUAAUGUUAAAAAAACAAUUAGAAGGUUCAUUCAUUCAUUCAUUUUUUACCGCUUUUCCCCACGAGGGUCGCAGGGGGUGCUGGAGCCUAUCCCAGCUGUCUUCGGGCAAGAGGCGGGGUACACCCUGGACUGGUCGCCAGCCAAUCACAGAUCACAUAUAGACAAACAACCAUUCACACUCACAUUCAUACCUAUGGACAAUUUGGAGUCGCCAAUUAACCUAGCAUGCAUGUUGUUGGAAUAAUUUUACUUUAUUUUAGUUUUAUUGUGUGCGAGAUUCAUUCUUGUACGCCCCCCCCCCCAAAUUCACAUUCAUUCAUUUUGUACCACUUAUCCUCACGAGUGUCAUGGGUAUGCUGGAGCCUAUCCCAGCUGUCUUCGGGGCGAGAGGCAGGGUACACACUGGACUGGUGGCCAGCCAAUCACAGGGCACAUAUAGACAAACAACCAUUCACACUCACAUUCAUACCUAUGGACAAUUUGGAGUUGUUAAUUAACCUAGUUUUUGGAAUGUGGGAGGAAACCGGAGUACCUGGAGGGCAUGCAAACUCGGCGGAGGGUGGAAUUGAACUCGGGUUUCCAAGCUGCAAGGCCCGUGGGUUAACCACUCAACCACCGUGCAGCCUUUUUAGGAAUUAUGAUGCUAAUUUUAACAUAAUGCUCAUCAAUGAGACAUCAUAGCGGUGUCGAGUAGCAUAGAAAUACGAUAACAAAGAUCCUUAAACACAUUUAAUAUAUUUAGUCUACCUUCCAAUAACCACGUGCCAAAACGUAUAUAUAUAUAUUUUGAAGAUUUGUUCAAAUAUUAGAAAGACUGCAUUAAGUGUGGUGAUCAAGUGCAAUCCAAUCAAGAACAAGAUGGAGGAGUUCUUAAUGAUCAAUGGAUCAAGUGUCAAAUAGAUUCUCUCGAUGUUGUUAUAAAAACACGCCACUUAUUUUCUUACUGGCAAUAGACUGUAUUUUUUCCAGAUGAUCUAUUUUGUACAUUUUUAUUCCUGCUAAAUCACAUGAAUAAAGAAGAGAUAAUAUAUAUUAUACUGAAUUAUGAGUGUAUUUUGUGGUUCAUUUACAAAACACGUAAUUGAUGUUUCGUUGACGGAGAAGCAGGUGUGUGUUGCGUUUGAGACGUGUGUGCCUGAGUGAGUCUGGUGAGCGCUCGCAGUUGCAGCGGCAUGGCCACGUUGGUGUCUCGGUGCCACCGGGGCGAGGUGACGUGAGGGG